UGUGAAGAGCUCUCUGCAACAACGCUUUUACUCAGACACGACAUUUCACGAUGAGGGGCAAACGCGCAAAGAAAUAUCGCAAGCUCAUGCACCAAUACGAGAUACAAUUCUCCUUCCGCGAACCCUACCAAGUCCUCCUCGACUCGGCGAUCCUGCAAGAGACGGCGCAGAAGAAAAUCGACCUCGUAGGCCGCCUCAAAGGCGUCCUAGGCGGCGAAGUCAAACCCAUGAUAACGCAAUGCGACAUGCGCCAUUUGUACAACGCGAAGCCCAAGGACGAGCAGCUCAUCCUGCAGGCGAAAACCUAUGAACGGAGACGGUGCGGGCAUCAUGAGUUGGAGGAGCCGCUGUCGAGUUUGGAGUGUAUCUCGCAGUGCGUGGAUCCGAAGGGGUCGGGCACGAAUAAACAUCGUUAUGUGGUUGCGACACAGGAUCCGAAGAUCAGAGCUGCCCUGCGGAAGAUCCCAGGUGUGCCGCUCGUGUACGUGAGUAAGAGUGUUGUGAUACUGGAGCCUAUGGCGCAGGCGACUGAAGAGCAGCGGGAGCGGGAAGAACGAGCCAAGUUCAAGAUGGGACUUAAAGGCAGAAGAGGUGGUGCGGAUGCAAAUCAGAAGCGGAAGCGGGAUGACGAAGAUGAGGGCGCGCAAGAGCACGGAACUGAGUCUAUUGCUGCAGAAUCUGGCGGGGAUGCCAGACCGCAGAAGAAGAAGCGGGUCAAGGGUCCCAAGGGUCCCAACCCACUGAGUGUGAGGAAACCUAAGAAGCGGCAGGCAGAUGGGCCUCGAGAAGGGGAGGCCGUCAAGCCAAAGCCAGCCAAGACAAACGAGACUCGUCAGCCAGACGAAAACGCUACCGCUGCCUCCGCUGCAGAAGGUGAAGAACUCGGGAAGCGGAAGCGGAAGCGGAAGCACAAGCCGAAGGGCGAUGGCGGAGCAGCUCCCGAGGAAGAUGCAGACACUUCAUAAUUAACCCAAACCACUUCGGAACCCACCACCAUGUCGGUGGAGGUGCCCUGCUCCUUACUCCGGAAAGCCAUGUCACUCCCAGGUAACUAGGCUUCGAUCCGUCACCAAUUAUCAACCCUUCCUGGCCUCGACUGCCGGUAUCAUCUGGCCGAACAUACCGGCGACUCGUGCAGCUAUAUAUGCUGGUGGACGACGCAAUUCGGCAGGUCUCAUACUUUCUUGCCCUGCGCGAGUAGAUCGGAAACCUUAGGCGGCAGCACGAGGGUGCUACGGUCGUUGCGUUUCACAAACUCGACGACCACCUCUGCGGUCUUUUCAGGGAGGUCUUCUUGCAGGAAGUGGCCUGCAGUAGGGAAUACCUGCAGUUGGAAUUUACC